AUGCGCGCCAACGCCCUCGUACCGGGACGUUUUCUGACCCUCUCCGCUCACGUGGUGCUACUAGUGACCCUCAUCUGGGUCUAUGACGAGAACGUUCGGGCCUGUCUGCCACGGGACUUCAGCCAAGCGCAGUACGCUGCCAAGAGCACAGAGAUGAUCGUCGGACUCUCGCUAGGACUGAUCUUGGCCGUGUUCGAAAUGGUCGGCUUCCUGACUGGAGUCUCCAUGUUCUUCCCGUCUCAGGCCCUCAUUUCGACGGUGGCCCACUGCGCGGCGACCGUGGCACUCGCAUAUUUCGUGGUCGACCUCUGGAACUGUUUCGCGUACUGGUGGAUAUUCGCACUCUGUAGCGUGUUGCCGGCGUUCACGGAGCUCUGUGUUAUCAUCGGAGUCGUGUGCCUCAAGAAGGUUCCCUAG